CUUUCUGAGUCGCCCCUGCGUUGCAGAACCUCCACGCAUGCUAAGUGAUUCUCUUCCUCCUUUGGUGUAAACGAGACAGAAGCCUUUGUUCCAUUAUGGCAGAUGAUGACUUCUCCACUGCGGAUGCUGGGGCUUCAGCAACUUACCCUAUGCAGUGCUCUGCACUGAGGAAGAAUGGCUUUGUCAUGCUUAAAGGGCGUCCCUGCAAGAUAGUCGAAAUGUCUACCUCCAAGACUGGCAAACAUGGGCAUGCCAAGGUGCACCUUACUGGACUUGACAUCUUCACCCAGAAGAAGUAUGAAGACAUCUGCCCAUCUACCCAUAACAUGGAUGUUCCAAAUGUGACCAGGAAAGAGUAUCAGGUACUCGAUGUCUCCGAUGGUUUCUUGGCCCUGAUGGAUGACAAUGGAGAAACCAGAGAGGAUCUUAAAGUGCCGGAUGGUGACUUGGGCAAGGACAUUGAGAAGAAGUUUAGUGGCGGAGAACAGUUUAUGGUCUCCGUGCUGAAAGCUGUAGAUGAAGAGCAUGUCAUUGGCACUAAGAACAUGACUUCUUAAUUAGUCCAGGACAACGUCAGAGACCUCGUUUUUCCUAUUCUCCUUUAUGGUUUGAAGCCUCACCAAAGCUACUGGCCUUCACCCCACAUCUCCAGCAGUCACUGCUGUCAGCUAAAAUCUGGAAACUUGACUUGGUCAGCUUUGUGUAUAUCUCAGACUCAAGCAAGAGUGUUAUUCCCCUCAGUUAAAUUAUCCACCCAUAGAUAUUAAGGUAUUAUUGCAGUGCACACUGGUGUUAUUCCAGAAAUUCCUGAUUAUAUUCCAACAGUUCAGAACAUUCCCAUCAGUGUAAGGAUGUGCGAUGUAUGGGUGA